CGCUGGCUCGCUCCCUGCCUGGGAACAUGGCCGAAGUCGGGGAGGACAGCAGCGGGGCGCGGGCUCUGCUGGCGCUGUGCUCCGCGCCCUGCAGCCCCGCCGCCGCGCCCCCUCCCGGGCCGCCGCCCCCGGCCGCGCCGCCCGCCCCCGGCCCGGUGCUGGCUCGGCUGCAGGGCCGCGAGUUCGAGUUCCUCAUGCGGCAGCCGGCCGUCACCAUAGGCCGCAACUCCUCGCAGGGCUCGGUGGACGUCAACAUGGGCCACUCCAGCUUCAUCUCCAGGCGGCACCUGCAGCUCAGCUUCCAGGAGCCGCACUUCUACCUGCGCUGCCUCGGCAAGAACGGAGUGUUCGUGGACGGCGCCUUCCAGCGCCGCGGCGGCCCGGCCCUGCAGCUCCCGCCGCAAUGUACUUUCCGGUUCCCUAGCACGGUUAUAAAGAUCCAGUUCACAUCUUUAUACCACAAAGAAGAAGUAAAAGAGGAAGCUUCAUCGCCUCCCCUUCGGCCUCUUUACCCUCAAAUUUCUCCUCUGAAGAUCCACAUCCCGGAGCCGGAUCUCCGCAGUGUGGUCAGCCCCCUCCCAUCCCCCACUGGCACAAUCAGCGUACCCAACUCUUGCCCGGCCAGUCCACGCGGUGCUGGAUCCUCAGGAUAUCGUUUUGUUCACAACAUUACCUCGGAUCUGCAGCUGGCAGCAGAGUAUGCGGCAAAAGCAGCAUCAGAACAGCAGGCAGAUGCAUCUGGCGGGGACAGCCCAAAGGAUGAGUCCAAGCCACCCUACUCUUAUGCUCAGCUAAUUGUGCAGGCUAUAUCUUCAGCACCAGACAGGCAAUUAACACUAAGUGGAAUCUAUGCCCACAUUACCAAGCAUUAUCCAUACUACAGGACUGCUGACAAAGGCUGGCAGAAUUCCAUUCGGCACAACCUCUCCUUGAACCGUUACUUUAUUAAAGUCCCACGCUCCCAGGAGGAACCUGGGAAGGGCUCCUUUUGGCGGAUUGACCCUGCCUCUGAAGCUAAACUAGUAGAACAAGCUUUUAGAAAACGAAGGCAAAGAGGAGUGUCCUGCUUCCGAACACCUUUUGGGCCUCUCUCCUCCAGGAGUGCUCCAGCCUCCCCAACUCACCCUGGCCUGCUGUCCCCUCACUCUAGUGGCCUACAGACUCCAGAGUGCCUGUCAAGGGAAGGCUCACCCAUUCCACACGAUCACGACUUUGGGUCAAAAUUAGCCUCAGUUCCGGAGUAUCGGUAUUCACAGAGUGCACCUGGAUCCCCAGUCAGUGCCCAGCCAGUGAUUAUGGCUGUUCCUCCUCCUCGGCCAUCUACUCUGGUGGCAAAACCAGUUGCAUACAUGCCAGCAUCAAUAGUGACUUCUCAACAGCCUUCAUGUCAUGCAAUUCACGUCGUUCAACAAGCUCCCACUGUUACAAUGGUUCGAGUUGUGACCUCCUCUGCAAACUCUGCAAACGGAUACAUCCUCACAAACCAGGGCACAGCAGGAGGAGCUCAUGAAGCUGCAGGAGCAGUGUUGGACUUAGCUGGUGACCACCGAGGUAUGGAUGAAAAGCCGACGAUCGCAUUUGCCACGAUACCCACCGCCAGCCGUGUUAUUCAGACAGUUGCCAGUCAGAUGGCACAGGGUGUUCCAGGACAGACUGUCACAAUCCUUCAGCAGGCAGCUCCAGUGACCAUUGGGCAGCAUCAGCUCCCCGUGCGGGCGGUCACCCAGAACGGCAAACAUGCUGUCCCCACCAACAGCAUCACCGGCAGUGCUUAUGCUCUUACAAAUCCUUUGCAGCUUCUCGCAGCCCAGGCCAGCUCAUCCACUCCUGUUGUAGUCAGCCGGGUAUGUGAGACAGGGACUGAAGAGACAGCAGCAGCCUCUUCCAGUGAACCUGAAGUCAAAAGACCUCGGAUAGAAGAGUCCAGCGGAGCAGUCCAGGCCCAAACUGGAGUCAUCACAUCUACAGUGCCACAAGGACAGGCAACCAGUGAAUGAAGAACCGGUGGGAGGAGCUGGAGUGGUGUGGGGUGGGCAUGGGAUGGCAGCAGCCCCUAAAGCAGCUUUCAAAGAAAACAAACCACAACUGUAACAGCUCUAAGCAUAGCAAAUAAAGAGCUCUUUUUAAAGUCAGAUUUUUUUUAAAAUGGGAGGUCAACAGCUGUUAGAAUCACAAGGUGCCAAAAAGACAAGAAUGGAAAACCCCUCCCAAGCACCAGUACCUGGAACUCUGUUCUGUCUUUACCUAUGGGAUAUUUUUUUCCUUUUUUUCUUCUUUGUUUUUUAAAGAUUCAAAAAAAAAAAAAAAAAAUACAGACAACUGAUUGUAUGACUGCUGGGAUUUUUUUUUAACUGUAUUUUCCCCUUUUGGCUCCAAGGGGAUGGGAUUUGCAGUUCAGCAUCUAAAGGAAUGUAACACAGAUACAUUCUGCUCCCUGGAAAUGCCUUAAUACUGUGCUUCUCCGAGCUUUGAAAUGUAGGACCAUUUUUAAAAGGCCAGCUAAGGCAGUCAAAUACUGAAAAAUGGGUGCAGUAUCUCACAACAACAGCAUUAAAGAAACGUGGUACCAAGCUUAAAGAAAAAGGCAGAUUAAUUUUUUUCUAAAACAGAAAAAAUCUGAGUAUUAAUGAAUGUUUAUUUAUGAGGAGAUUCAGGAGGAAGAGUUGCACAGCUCAACCUCCUGGAUUUCCAGAUGCAAUUUCUCUCCAUUUCCUCUGAGGGAGAAUGAGAUGACAGAGGAACUGUGUUAAUUUGGUUCCUGUAAAGAUAUUAAAAGGUUUUGUACCUUCAGUGACUUCUUACAGUUAUUCAUCCCUUGCUUUGGACAACAUCCCAAGUAUCUUAAUGUCUGAGGAUUGUGUGGGGAAGGGUGUCUCAGAGGUUGUAUGUGUUUUUGAUAUUACUUUUGUGAUCACAUACUGUGCUCUCCAGCACCAGGGUCUAUUCAGAUUAGCACUGCAGAUCAAAGAUAUCAAAGCCACUGUCCCCAUAAACCUAAGAAAAUGUUGCCUGGUCUCCUGCACUGAAGCGGUCUGCCUUCACCUUGACUGGCAGUGUCAUCCUCAGCUACAUGGAUGAUGUUCAGGAUGCCAGAGCUGGGUAGGAAUCUGUGUCCAACUCUCUCUCGUGGGUGGAAGAGGCUGAUAGCAAUGCUCCUUUGUUAUUUUUCUGAGAGAAAAAUUAAGGGCAGGUGUGAGAGGCACCAGAGCUCAUAUAGUAUUUAGUAGAAAUUCUGUGUGUAGAGACCAAAGCAAAAGAGACCUUUUAUUUUCCAUGUUUAAGAGUCACUGGAGGUAUUAAACAGGUUUUCCAAAAGGAAUUCAGAGGCUUCCUUUCAUUCUUCAGCUCCUUCUCCUGUCUGCCCUACCUUUAAGACUGUUUGAGUUGGCCAGUAAAAGGAGGGAUUGUUUAAACUGUAUUCCAGGCUCUUCAUGUAGUACAUCUUACAAGCAAAGCAGACUUGAGUGGAGAAGUGGGUGUGUGUGGAACCUGUGACUGGCAAAGGAAUCAGCUUCUGCAUGGCUCCAGCUGACCCCUUCAGCUUUACACUUGUGUGUGAUCCCCUUGGUUCGUUUGUCUUCUGGCAACACAGCAGAGACCCUAUGACUUAGAAAAUGUUAUGGCUUUAUUAAUGGAGAAAGUGACUUAAUGGGGAUGGGGUGUAUGGCUUUGGUAGGUUAAACCACAGCAAUUCACGUCUGAUGAAAUUUGAAGAGGGGGAGAAAAUCCAUGCAGUAGCAUCUAGCAUCACUUGUUCCCUUCUAGGUUUCCCUUCUGCUUGCCAAAUCCUAUUCAAUAGCUCUGUCCCACCAUUUGAAUAAAACCCAAGUGCAUUUUAUUCUCAAGCCAAUUGUUUUGUGAGAAAUAUUUCUGAAAGUAAGAAAGAAUGUUGUGGUCUCAUGAUUUGUGGUCACAGUCUACAGUCGUGGGCCUGCAAAAGUAUUUGGGACAGUUCAUUUAUCUACAGCUCGGCCUCCAUAAUUUGUGUGCCUUCAGUGCCAAGUUAUUAGGCUGUGUUUUAGUACUUGGAAAUUAUUCUUGUGGAGGAUUGUUCCAGCCCACAAAUUGAAGCAGGCCAACCUCUAGCUGUUAUGUUUCCUGUCAGGAGGACCAGGUGCAGCAGACUGGAAAAGAGACACAUCAGCUCUGUUUUCUCUGUAGCCUUUUCAAGGCAGAAUUCAAUAAAACGGGCUUCAAGGAAGAAGGUACGAGGGAGAGUGCAGCAUAGUUCAUCCGUAAUUAAUCAUUACAUUCAGAUGAAUGCUGUUUCGAUCCAGGCACACCUCUGAAACAGCCCUGAGGCUAAGAGAGCUUUCCUGAAGCAGUCUUUGAUUUUCCAGCACUGUUAGGUGAGUCAGCCCAAGAUGAACAACCAGCAGAGUACUGUCUGAAGCUGCCAAAUUUCUGUGGCAAAAUUUUUCCUUAUUACUGCUUUCCUUUUAGAAAUUCUAAGUCAUUGGGACUGAACAUUCUCUAUGCUAGUCCAGCACCAUAGCAAUACAUCAGCUGCAUUGUGGUGUUCUUGUAAACCAGCUGCUAUUUUAGUGAUACCUCUAAGUCUGUCCUCAGGUUGACUCCAUAGAUUUGCCUCCUCUGUGUUUGGAACAGAAUAAUGCCUUCUCAGUCUUCUUUGUGUGGCUCAGAGUGCCUUGUGGUUUAAGUGCAAGUUGGCCACAAGCAAAUCUCUCUGAUCUGUUCAGCCAUCUGCUGGAGGUGCCUGGAUCUCAUGGUGCAGCCCGUUGGGAUUUCUGUGUUACAGUGCUGCUGAGAGAGCUUUGGUGGGGAGAGGAGUAGGGCAUUUUGCUGCAUCUGCUGCUGCCUGUCUAACAAAGGUCAAGGCAUGCUGAUUAGUUAACCUCCUAUAACUUGGACCUAAGAAGAUUUUCAAACUGGCUUCAUAACACGUGAGUUCUCUUUUCACUGUGCCUCUGACAGACUAAUUUUCCUUUGAUUGUGGUCAGUUUAUAGCAACUUUCGUUGCCUCCAUUUACAAAAGCUGAAUGCAGUUGUUUGGGAUUUUUUUCAUCUGAAUUCCUUUGUUAUUGUUUUGUCUUGACCGUGGUUCUUGUGAGACAGGAAGCUUUUUUUACAGUGAGAUCAUUUAAUCUGAUGUAGUGAUAACAACACAGUGCUGAACACAGAGAUGGAGUCCACGAUUAGCUCAUAUAUUCUCAACAACUUAUUCUCUCCAUCUCCCUCCUUCCCCCGUGCCAUUAAUUCUGUCCCUUGUAGCAAACACUCUCACUGUUAUCCGCUGCCUGAAGCAGCACCUUGCUUAAGUUCUAUCCAAGGACACAGGGAUGAAAAUACCUGUGGGAUACGUGUAGGUCCAGAGCAUGAUGCAAAAGGUCAAUUUAGUCACUCUACGUUAACUUUCAUUAUGUGUUUUAGAAAUGUUAUGCUGGACACAGUCUGUUUAGGAGAGUGUUGUGAGAACCACGUGAAAGCUUUGUGAGAGAAGAAGUUAAAUAAUAGCUGAUGCUUUUGCAGUGCUCCUGCAAUCAGUGCUGUGGUCUGGCUCCAGAUACUGGGAAGGAAUAAACUUGGUUUGCACGUGUUUCAGACAUCUGUCUUGUGUACUUGUAACUGUCAUUCCACAUUUUUCCCCUUUUUCAAUAGGGAAAUGCCAGCAGUAAAACACAAUAUGAAGUACAAAAGAUUAUACAGCUGUAUCUAAGCAAGUGAGAGUGGCUGACCUGAGCUUCCCGUGGGAUGAUGUGGAGCACUUUCCUCUGACUGACGGGGAUGUUAAGUUCAAGUUAGAGCCUUUUGUCUGUGUUAGUAAGAGGGUUUCCUAGCAAGGUGUUCAGUGUUGCUCUGAUGUGCACUAGUGUGUAGGUGAGAGCCAGAAUGCUGGGUGAAAGGAGAAGCACUUCCCUGCUGCACCUGGAUUUGGGGUCUUUAAUACAAGGGUCUAAUUUAGGAAUAGCUCAGGACUUUUCCUGCUGGAUCAAAAGCUGUUUCCUCAGUCUUACUGCGUUUAAUCUCUAAAUUCAAACUGGUUGCUUGUUUCCAUCUUCCUUGUCUUUCAGAUUUAAACUGUCUCUCCUAAAUCAUAGUUUAUCACUGAUGAAUGUAAAUCAUGUAAAACUGCAAUGUUAGGGAAGAUCAGAUCUCAGGUCUAGGUUUCUGUCUCUGCUACUGGCCAGUAGCUGCCUAGAAACGCAGAAUAAUUUGGUCUGGAAGAGACCUCUGGAUGUCUGUGCUACAGCCUCAUGUUCAGAGCAGGUCUGAUGAAAUCAGAUCGCCAUGACCACAUCCAGCUGAGUUAUAAAUGCCUCUAGAUGGAGUUUCCACAGCUCUCGUCCUUCCUCUCACGAGAUGAAAGGUUUUUGCAUCCCUCCAUGUCAAUGCCUCUUUUCCCAUCACUACACACCUACAAGGAGAGCCUUGCUCUGCAUCUCCCAAGAAGGCAGCUGAAGGCAUGGGUAAGACUUACCCCCUGCUUUGCUGCUUCCUCUGAACACAGCAGCCUGGUUAUCUCCACCUCUUCUGCACUUUGGGUGCUCAAGCCUGCAAGGUAGAAUUCUGAUAGAAGAUCCCUCUCUGUUGUGUACUGGUGAGCCCAAAGCUGCACGCAGUACUCCAGAGGCAGUAUCAAAUGCUGAUUGGGGUGGAAGAGGAACCACUUUCCUUGGCCUGCUGGCUGUGUUGUGCAAAUACAGCCCUGUUUGGCUGGAAAUACUCUGCAUUGCAUUUGUACGCUUUCAACUAUUCUGUUGAAGUGCCAAAUUGGUUCUUGCAGCUUUUUGAACUGGAGGCAGUAUUGUGGGAUCCUGAUCACUUCUUACUGCCCAUGCUUCACUCUAUCAGAUAGAUAAUUUCAUUCCAGUGGGAUCUUACCUUGAGCUUCUGUGCUGAUGCAAAAUCUCACAUGUUUGCCAGUCCUGCUGCUCAUAGGUUGGACUCUGGCAUUAAGCAGGAAGCUCUAAAGGUGUUGACUUGGCUUCACAGCUUUGUCCUUACUUUGGGCUUUUGAGGGCAGAUGAUCUUUUCCCCUUGUCAGACAGGCUCUCUGUCAAGCUCCCAUUUCCUCUCUCUGCCACAAUUUUCCCCCUAUAUUAGUAGCUGUUUCUAUUGACUCCGGAGACCUUUAAUACAGCUCCUAACUUAAUGCAAUUGCUUGAAGGUCUGCAUCUGGUGAGAAUCUGUACGUUAGGUUGCAGUUAUACAACAGAUGGUUCAAUCAUGUAACUUCUUGUUUCCUUCUGGGUAAAAAUUAUGCCAAAGCUGCUAUUACUGUAGCAUACACUACUGUCAUGAAGUGUAGCUCGCAAUGGAGCCAGCUGUGCUGGGAAAAAACAAUCACUACAAUGUCAUCUGGCUGGCUGGAGCUGAUGAGGAUGAAGCAGUGCUUGCAUGUUGGUCUGGACCUGCCUAGAAGUAGCUUUGUGCUGGAGCAUCUCUGUGCCCAGCAGCUAGCUGCCAGGGUUAGAGCAGCACACACUGCUGGUUGUUUGCAGGACUGUGCACGUGUAGUAAGCAACAGUGAAUGCACCUGGCUGAGAUGGUGGGCUUUCUCUAUUAGAUGUCUUUCACAGGGCAGUAAUAGAGCAGUGAGCGUUUUAUUUUGUCCUAAGCAAGGCAUUUUGAACAAUAUCGGGGUUUUCUUGGAACGCUGUUGUUUAAAUUCCAAAUUUUUAAUCGACUUUGAUAUCUAUGCUUUUUGAUACCUUUCUGAUUUACCACCCCUGAAUUAAAGCCUUCAGAAGGUCUGGCUGGUCCUCUCCUCGUGUGUCACUUUACAUUUCAGAAAGAAUCUGUGCCAAGUCUACCCCUUUGCUCUCAAGAUAGAAGAACCCACUGACAAUUCAUGGGUGGCAGCUAAGGUAGAAACUCUUUAAAUAUUUUUUUUUCCAGAGAAUAUUAAAUUAGAUCUGUGUAAACAUAAAUUUUAUAUUUAUUAAUGUGUGUGUGUGUAAAUAUAGAUAUAUAAAUGGUCCGUGACUAUUUCUUUCUCUUUAAUGGUACUUUACACAGACUUUUAUACCAUGUAUUGAUAAAUUCCUGCACCAGGCACUGAUUUGGAAAGAACGAUGUACCUAUUUGUGUGACAGAUGUGGGCAGCCUGCAGAAGCAGCUUUCCUUCACUGACUGCUGUCAUCACUCUCGCAGAGCAGAUGAGGUGGUGCAGUGCUUGCAUCUUCCUUGUGUAGGAGCUCCUGGCUUUGUCAUGCACUCAGCCACCCACAAUCCGUGCUGCUUUUCUGGCAAGAAAACCCCCAAAUGGCAUUAAUGAAAGCUGGAAGCCUUUCUUGUCUCAAAUUAUCUCUAGAUGUGGUAUCGAGGAGUUCUUUACGCUUUUGCUGUGCAAGUAAUGGGACCGUAUUGCUAACAGAGGGAACUGAUGGAGGGUCUGUGAGGAUGCUGUGAGGCUGAGGAACUCCUCUGUCUGUCUGUCAGGCAGGUGAACUGUCACUGGGGCACAGAGGAUCAGUUUCUUCAUGGUGAGAUUUUUCUCCUUUUGCACUUCCCUCUCUUUAUGGGGUAUGAGGUCUCUAUUCACAGAGAAUAAAUUUUCCCUAACCUGUCAAAUUUCAGUCCUGCUUUAACUCCAGGAUGCUAAAUUCAGAAACAUGCAUUUUUGACCUACUUGGGGCUGUGAGAACUAUUCUCAAAAGCACGUGAUACUGGGCUUCCUAAACUGAAUAGCUCUUACCAAAGCAGCAAUUCCUUUGUGAGGACCUGUGCAAAUUCUUUGCCUCGGUUUCUGCUCACUGUCUGGUGGUUGGGCUUUGAUAUUUGAGGCAGAACAGGGUAUGAAGGUGUGACAAGGAGGAACCAGAAUAGGAGCAGUGAAAGGAAACAGCUUUCCUCUUUCCUUCUCAGUAGAAAGAAAGUAAAAAGAAAAGGGG